AUGGCUACAUCUUCGUGGUCGGGCGAAGUACCCGCCCACCUGCUCAACUACCAUCUCUUGGAGCUUGAUCAGCUAUCGGGCAUGAUUUCCCGGACGAAGGGGUUCUACGCCCGCGACUACAGCCUGUGGCUGGGUUGGAAUAACAUGCGAUAUAUCAUAGACACGGCGUUUCUACAGGCGCGUCUACUCAAUCGCACUCUCAUCUUACCCUCCUUUGUCUAUGCACGCGGAUGCUUCGAAGGCGUCGAGGCGUGCGCAGACUGCUCGAGCACAGCGAACAAAUGCCGAGAGCUACCCUUCGAACAAUACAGACACAUGGGCUAUCGCAUCCCCAUCCAGCUCAUGCUGAACAUCACAGCCAUGCGCACACUACACCCUGUCCUUCUCGUGUCAGACUUUCUCCGAUUGCAUGGCCUACCAGUCAAUAUCGAGAACAAGGAAGGAGUGUGGGAACGUGAAGCGUAUCACGAUACGGGGCCGCUGGAAGAGGCCCGGCUCGGGCCGGACCUAUUCGUUAUCCAGAAAGGGUGGUAUGAUACGAAGGAGGCGCGCAGAGUUGACAGGCUCACGGAGAACAUGAAAGUCCGAGGCCGUUGGAGAGCUGGUGACGCCACAGAAAGUGGGGCUAGUGGGCAGUGGGAGGAGAAGGAGGGAGCUGAAGUCGCGCGCAAGCUCCGCUUUCAGUAUGGGUUAUUUGGCACGCUGAGCUGGGAUCAUGCUGUCAACACUCUCCGCAAGACCUCAGCUGCAGACGACUAUAACCUCGGUACCGAUGCGGGAGCCCUCGACGCGCUCCAGGACCAUGGCUGGGAAGUCGUGCACACCUUUGAGAGCAUGCGCCGUUCCGACCUGGCGAAGUCUGUCGUCGAGCCCAUCCGGGAAGUCAUAGAGCGCACAACUUUGCGUGGCUUCGUGGACGACUUCGCCGACAUUGAUGCACACGUAGUUCUUCUAGAGGGCGAGAUACACAACGGGCGGAAGGCCGGCGCGAUGCGCUUUACAACCGAUCUGGGGCUGGAGCAAUUCCAGAGUGACGUGCUGUACUCAAUACAACCUCCACAACCAUUGCAAGAGCUUGCCGAGAGAUUGGCCGGGAGAAUGUACGAAAAGACGGGUGGGCGGUUGUGGGUAGGGGCGCAUAUGCGUCGCGGUGAUUUUGUUAACCUUAACUGGGCCGCCUCGAGGAGCCACGAAGGGCACAUGCGAAUGGUGAAGAGUCGCCUCUUGGACGCACGACAUUUGCUAGAAACUAUCGGAGGUAACGUCCAGCCGUACUCCGUGCCGAAUGCGAGCGUAGACCCGUCGUUGGCCGAACGCCCUCCGCCCGCAGAAGGCGACCCUUUUUACCUUGCGACGGACGAGCGCGACGUGACAGCACGCGCUCAUUUCCGCGAGAAAGGCGCCAUCCUGCUACCGGACAUCCUCAGCCAAGACGACCUCGACGAGCUUGGCUGGCCACUUCUAUUGACCGAUAUACGUGUCGUUGUCGAGCAGGAGCUUCUCGCUCGAGCAGCCUAUUUCACCGGGACUCACAUGUCAAGCGUUGCUGGUGGUGUAUUGAACAUGAGAGCAGCUCACGGGGCGGACCGCCGCGCGGCUUCGUUGUAUUGA